UUCCGGCGCCGCCAUGUCGAGGCGCGCAGCGGAGCCGCCGCCGGACGCCACGCUCCGCGGCUGGGAACGAGAGCAGGCCCAGCUAAAGGCCAGCGUGGUUGAGGAGGACACCGAGGAGUGGCAGAAGGACUCAAGUUUCACAGGACUGGAGAGAGUAGGAGGUGUGGACUUGUCUUAUGUCAAAGGAGAUGACACCAAUGCCUGUGCUUCCCUGGUUGUGCUCAGCUACCCAGCUCUUGAGGUGCUGUAUGAAGAUUGCCGCAUGGUGGCUGUGAGCGCCCCGUACGUGGCAGGGUUCUUGGCCUUCCGAGAGGUCCCUUUCCUGGUGGAAGCUCUUCAGAGACUUGAGCAGGAGAAGCCCGAGCUCAAACCUCAGGUACUUCUUGUAGAUGGGAAUGGCCUGCUCCAUCCCAGAGGAUUUGGUGUGGCCUGUCACCUUGGAGUCCUGACGGGUCUACCGUGCAUUGGAGUGGCCAAGAACCUCCUACAGGUGGAUGGCUUGGUCAAGGAUGAGCUGCACAAAGAGCAGAUUCGUUCCCUGCGGAGGGGAGGAGAUUCAUUCCCACUGACAGGCAGCUCAGGUGGAGUCCUGGGCAUGGCCCUGCGUAGCUACGGCAAGAGCUCUAAGCCGCUGUAUGUCUCCGUGGGCCACAGGGUGUGCCUGGAGACAGCCCUGCGCCUGGUCAAGUCCUGCUGCCGGUACCGCGUCCCGGAGCCCAUCCGUCAGGCUGAUAUUAGGUCGAGGGAGUAUAUCCGGCAGCAGCUGUGCUCACCGCUGGAGGUCACAUCUUCUGGGCCAGAAAGAAAAAAGGAAGCUGAACUGGAUGAUUAGUCUGAUGCCAGAAGAAACCUCAUCACUCGAUCCUCUCCUCCACCACGACUGUGGUUCUGUGGAGUGCAACAAACCAGUGCUGCCAAGGGGAGAGCAGUGCCAAGCCAUGUUGGUCAGGUCAUGGGCCUGCUGGGCUCCUCAAGGAUGACUUUUACAGCAUGUUCCUCAGGGCUGAUUUUUAAGCAUUGUGAAAAUCUUUGUGUGAGCCAAAGUGCACUUGGAAGUUUGCAACAGCUUCCCUUCAGAGCUCGGGCAGUUGUGGGAGGUGCUUUACAAAGAGGUGCUGAGGGACUUAACUUAAAACCCAGAGCUGGAAUUUGGCUCCUACCACACCUCUGUGGCACAGAGACUUCCUCUCUUGUUUUUUUUGGAGCGGCUUCCCCUCAGUGCCUGCAGCCUGUGCUCAGCUUCCCUCUGUACAUCUCCGGGGAGCAGAAGCGCAGCGCAGAGCUCCGGCUGCUCCUGCCAGACGGGCAGAGGACUCCGCGUUUCAGGUGGGUGUGUGACUCACGAGGGAGGGCAUGGAGCCAGCACUCUGCUGCAGAUUUUGGAAGAGUCUCGAAGGUCUGAGCUCCAGCACCUGAGAAGCUUUCUGUUUGUUUUGGUGUCAGCGGCUUCUGCGUGCCUGGUGCCGUGCAGCAGCAACCCAGUGCUGGUGGCUGUGUGCAGGCCAUCGUCUGUGCUGGCCAGGUGGUGCUCUGCUGUUGCUGGUCUUGGUGAGAACCUGUUCUGUGUUGCUGCUGGAGCACACUUCAGAUGGAAGGCCAUUAUGGGCUCGGACUUGCUUGGUGUUCCUCUCAGCCUCUUGGCAGUGACUGAAGCUCAUGGUGCAGACCAGCUCUUCCUGAAGGAAAGAUUAUGUCAGGGGAAAGGAGAAUUCUCUGUCAAGGAGUAUGGGGAGGGAGGUCCUUUCUAACACACAAAUCAGACAAGGUGUCCAGAUUCCAAGCUUGAGUUUUUGCAUUCUGAGUGGACUGGGACCAAUGUCAGGUCAUGAGGAAGAAGGUCUCUGUGCCCAGUACACUUGGACCAGUAUCCACCAGUUAAGCCAUUUGUGAAGCUUUGCUUUAGCAGCAGAGCACAGAACAGAUUCUACCCCUGGCUCGAUGCAGUGAGCCUCAUGCAGUUUGCAGGGCUGAAGCUUGUCCUCCAGAGUGUGGCUUCCUGGUUGUUUUCAGCAGAUUAUUCCUGACCAUUUGUGAAGAAAAUUGGAGCAGAUACCUGAGCUCACGAACACAGCCAGAACUCUGGCACGUUGAUGUAAAGAAGCCAUGGCUGUGUAAGAUCCUAGCCUGAAGAAAAAGCACAUUUUGCUGGGAUGGGAGAGGGGUGCUCAGGGGCAGGACUCCUGUGAUCAAAUGCUGUCAAACAUAAAUUUAUC